AUGGCGGACAACACCAAGCACCUGAAGAAUGCCAUCAACGCGAAGAGGCAAGAAAUUGCCCAGCAGGAGGCCCAGCGCGCCGAAUGGGCAGACAGUCUCACCGAGAUCGAAAAGCUAUCGGAGCUCCAGGGCGAAUCUGAGGAUAUGAAGGCCAUGCGUGUUGAAAUGCUCGAGUCCAUCGCCGCACACGAUGCGCGACUUAAAAAGCUGCGCCCUGAGCUUGCCGCUCUAGAGGCCGAACUUCCUCAGGCCCCUGCUGAGCCGGCCGGCCCAAAGUUCGACCCCGAAAAGCAUCCUCUCCUUCGCAAGACCAUGGAGAAGGUGGAGCCGGAGAAAGUCGUCGUCUUCAACAUCGGCGACAUCUGUGAGGCGCAAUGGACAGACAGGUCGUGGUACAAGGCCAAGAUCCAGAGUAUUCUUGGAUCUGUGUCGGCUCCGAAAUAUCUUGUGCGCUUCAUCGAAUAUGACGACACCUUGACUGUCGACCGCAGUGCAGUGCGCGCUCUCCCCACCAAGCGCAAGCGGGAAGCGGAGCCUGCCUCUGCCCCAGCGCCUUCAACGCCCGUCACAUCCACACCACAUGUCAUCUCGGGCCCUGCCAGCAUGAACCCUAACGCCCAGGCUGCCAAGAAUGCCGGUGCCGCGGAUGAUGGAGAAACAAAGAAGGCCAGCCGAGUCCCUAAUAAGGGUACGCUCAAGAAAAGAAUGUCUGCUUGGAACGACUUCCAGAACAAAGCCACCAAGAAGGGUAUUGCCAAAAAGGAGUCCAUGUUCCGCACCAGCACCGCAGCUGGCAGUCGAGUCGGCUUCACGGGCUCGGGCAAGGGCAUGACUGAGACGCACAAGCGCACGCGUUACGACCACAAGGGCGAUGCUGAAAAGGACGAAGAAUACGCUGCGGACCGCAAGCGCAUGUGA